UCCGCCAAAGUAUAUAAGCAGUAGCGAUUCAGUUGAAAAUCAUACUAAACUUGAUUUCUCAAGUAUCCAGUACACUCGUCUUUACUCCACUAAAGAAAUGAUUGCCUUUAAAAUUUUGAUUGCCGUUGCCUGCAUUGCCUUUGCCAUGGCUGAUGAAGAGCAAAAAGAAAUCGUUGAACAACAAGCGGCCGCUACCGACUCUGACACCGGCAAGGAUCUGCAAACGGCCGAGGGUACCCUCGGAGCGUAUGGAGGUUACGGCGGACUCGGCUAUGGCAAUGGAUUGUACGGGCAUGGACUCUAUGGUGCUGGAUAUGGUGGACUAGGAUAUGGCCAUGGAAUUGGUUAUGGAGCUGGUUACGGAGGUUACGGAUUGGGUCUCGGUUAUGGUGGAUAUGGUCUCGGAUACGGAGGAUAUGGAGCUGGUUACGGAUCCAACUACGGACAUAACCACGGACACAAUCACGCCAGUUCCGGUUACACCAGCGUUAACAAAGUGAUCAGCCAUGGAUCAAAGAGCCACAGCAAUAAUCACGCCCUCGGACAUGGUCAUGCUCAUGGAUACGGCCAUCACGGACUUGCUUAUUAAUAACGUUUUACUGACUGACCGCUUGAAUUCAUAGAGUAUUAUCAUAAUUAUACUGAGAAAAAAAAAUGACAUGUCUAUUAAGAAAGGGAGUUUAAUGGCCAUCAAUACAAACAAAGCUGAAACGCAUCAAACUUGGGCAUUUCUGUUAUAGUGUGCAGAAGUUUAUCGUAAACUGUAAUGCC